AUGAACUUCUUAAAAAUUUUUCAGAGUGACAAGAAAAGCAGCAAGGAAUCUGAAGAUCCACCCAACAGUGAAGGGCCAAAAGAAAAUGACACAGCCUCCGCCCCUGUGACAAAUGACGUAGGGCUGAAUUACAGCCAAGGCGUUAACACGGAGGAGGGGUGCACUAACAUAUCUCCCCCCUUGGGGAAUUGUGAAGAAGUCAAUACGGGUAGCCGUGCGGAUGGUUCGGUCAGACAGAUGGAUUUUGAAAAGGGCGCAAAUGGUUUAAUGACCCAGCCCGCAGACCCAGGGGUGCACUUUCCGCAUGGCGUAACGGGUGUGGGUGAAGCGGGACCUAGCGCUUCGAAUAUUCACUCGGUAGGAGUGCACCCGGUAGGGGUCCCCCCUGUUGACAUGCCCCCACCCCAAUUCGACCCUCAGUUUGGUGGACCUGGCAUGUGCCAACAAAAGGAAAACUACGCCUACCCCAAUGGAGAGCUCUACCACUCACACGUGAAGCAGAUGAAGUCAGACCCAUCCUACCCAUGCAACACUUACGACACCAGUGCCAAUGAUACGUAUGGUGGCGGGGGUCAUGGGAGGACACAUAACAAUAGUAACGUUAACAUAAGUAGAGGUCACUCCAGUCAGUACGUAACUAACCAUGGGGUGGGUCACAAUGUAGAGUAUCUUCCCCCUGCAGAAAAACACAUGACCAAUUUUGCUAAGCAAAAUUAUUAUGUUAAUUCAACACCCACCGAUCUUCAUAUGAACAACGGAAAGGGAAACGUCUCAUCGUUUGAGGACAAAACGGGUAGGACUUAUGUCGACCCAAAGGGUAACUACAUGCAGCAUAAUAAAAAUUACAAUCAUAAUCAAAUUGUGGGAGACCCAUACACAGGUAAUGCCUCCUCAUUGCCAACCCUACCAUAUGGGUAUGACCAGCAUGUGAAUAGCAACAGUGGAACAAAUCGGACCGUAGUAACUACCCCUGGAGGAAUGAAUAAAAGUCAUGAUUACUCCUUCCCCUCUGAAGCAUUUUCCCCAGCCCAAGGCACACGACCACAUUUGCCAAACAACCUAAUGCACCCUUACCAAUACCAAUUAAAUGAUAUACAUUUUACACAAAACAAAAAUGCUGGUGGAAGGAAAAAAGGGGGAGACUACUCUACUAAUCAAUCCUACUUCAAUAUGUACAAUGGCGUAGGGGGCGCAAACAAAAUGGACCAGGCCAAUGCAGGCAGUCAUUACAAGUACGAAGAGGACCUGCUGGCCAAGUCCCCCAGUGGGGUGAACAGCGCAAGGAAACUUGCUCAGGGCGGCGAAGUGGUGAACGGUUCAUUUUACGGCACAGGCUUCUCACCAAAUGAUGCAUCAAAUGCUCACCACCGAAUGGGUAACGCGGAACAGAAUCGGAAGCAGCAGGUGGGGGAGUCUGGACGAGGUCUCGUGGGGGAGGAAGGAUACAACAGCAAAGGUAUAGACACCGUAGGGAAGAUGGUUCGAUGGAAAGAAAACCAUGAGGAUGCUCAGCAGAAGGGGGAGGUGGUGAACCCUACGGUUCAGGUUGAAGAAGAUAAGGGCAACGAGUACUACUACGAGAAGACAUUAGAUUUCCUCAAAAAAGAAUUCAGCGUCCACCACAGUGACAACAUAAACAAUUAUAUUAACGACAGAGACAUGUUGGAAAAAACGGCUUUUGUUAAGCUUGUGAAUUUUGAAAAAAAGCUAGCUACUGAGCGCAAGCGAGUUCUGAAUUACUAUCACGAAGACAGGAAGCAGAUUUAUUCAAGCACCACAAAUAAGGACAAACAAUUUUCUCACAUUUUUUUUAACAAUGAAAAGUACUAUGAUGCAAAGGAGAUCCUGGCCUAUCUGCUACCCUACCAUACGUUUUACUUGGACGAUAUUUGUAUAGAUUCGUCUGACGAUGAUGAAGAAUUUUGUGAGAACCUCGAGAAGGACGUUAGGGAAAUCGAUGCAGGUAUCUCCCAGGUCAAGGAUUCCUUUCGUGCAUACACGAACCCCUCCAUGCUGUGGAGUUUCAACAAAAUAAUCGACAGAACGGAUGAUGAGCACAACAAGAGGAAAAAAGUCGCCGACUGA